GUGACGGGUCACAGGGGAUCCAGGUUCCUCGUCAUGAUCAAUGAAUACGGUCCGGAGUUCUCUGGUCCGGACGUGGACACGUUGCGUCGCGGCAGGGCUACCCGAGGAAGAGCCAAGGAUGCUCAUAAAUCCAACUUCUUGCAUCCUGUCUUCUAUUUCUACGACAGAUACCUUCCCAGCGAUGAAGAAAUAGCGAAUUUGGGCCAGAAUAUUUGGCCGUAUGGCCUGCCAAGGCCGAGCAAGCUCCACCACGUCGCGGAGGACUUCCUCACCAUCUGGUUGGGAUCCAAGAUGCACAUCCUCCCCCUGAGGAGGUUCCUCGAGGUCAUCACUGGACAGGAUCUCCGGCGUCACUUCAAUGUUCGAUGCUUCGAAGUUGCCCUCAAUUUCUCCAAUGUUCCUCAGAGCUGUCGCAACUAUCUCGACGGUCGGGGACUGCAGAUCUCCGUGCGAGAAGGAACCGACAUCGCGAACUUCCUUUUGGGAGAAACUUCAGCAGACAAGAGGAAAGCGGAAUGCACGGAGGAAGACCUCGACUGGGUUCCUAGUCAGGUGAACAGGACGAAAAUACUCGAAAGUCGACUAAAGCGGUACUAUGGAAACGAUGAUGGCGAUAUCUUUGCCCGUGAUCACAAAAACGACAUGGAAGAAAUGGAC